AUGGCAGAAGAAUCAGGAGCUACUCGUGUAAAGUUGGUUGUUGUAGGAGAUGGUGCGGUCGGUAAGACCUGUUUGCUCAUUUCAUACGCUCGUAACGAAUUCCCAGUGGAAUAUGUACCAACAGUAUUUGAAAACUAUACAGCGACCACCAAACGUGGCAACGAAGAUAUUAAGAUUCACUUGUGGGAUACUGCCGGUCAGGAGGAGUACGACCGUCUUCGUCCACUGUCGUACCCGGGUGCCGACGUCGUGCUGCUGUGCUUCUCAACCAUCAGCCAGGCUUCGUACGAAUCGAUCAGAGACAGAUGGGCACCGGAAGUCAAACACUAUAUAGAGGACGUACCACGUAUUCUGGUGGGUACAAAGAUCGAUCUGAGAGAGGCACAACACCCCGAUCCCAACUCGGGCAAGUUCGAGCCGGUCACAGCCGAUAUGGGUCUGUCGAUGGCCAAGCAGAUCGGUGCCAAGCAAUAUUUAGAGGUAUCGGCCAAGAGCCAUCAGGGUCUCAACGAGAUUUUUAACACUGCUAUCGAUUUAGUCUUGGAGUCACGAGGUAUGGAGAAGAAGAGUGAGCAACCAGGUGCUGCUUCAACAGAGAAAGGAAAAGACAAACCAAAAAAGAAAGAAAAGAAAUCAGGAUUUUCAUGUUCAAAAUUAAUUCAAAUUUGUGACCGUUAA